GCUUUCCAUUUGCUUCACAGUUUCGAGAAAGAGACGAAGUUGAAAGGUUCUGAAGAAAACGGACCGAUCACUUUUUUUUAACGUACAGCCACGUGGCUACACAACAAAUUAAAUUACAACAAUGUGAUAGUCGUAUCAACUCUGGUCGCUUCUCUUCAUAAAACAGCUAAAUACACACUCCAUGAAACUGUUUGGCAGAUUUGAGGCCAGAGUCAGCCAUCGUACCCACAAGUUAUGCAAGUUUUGCUCGUGCUGGUGGUAUUGACCUGUCAUCAGCAACAAUCUCUCCAUCAUCGCUUGGAUAAACAGCAUCCCUAUUCAUUGGAGUUAAACUACCGAUAUCGGUCGAAUUCUUUCGUUUCUUUAAAUCCAUUUUGUCCUCGUGUACACUCUUGUGUGUUUGGGUGUAUUCACGAAGGCAUUCUUUUCUGCUGUGGAUGGAGCAAUUGUGGCUGCCUAGCCGUAGAUUUCCCAGGCUCAAAGCUGUUCCGGAAUAUUUUUUUUUAAGGAAAAUGGAAAAGAAAAAAGGAAAAAAUCAAUUCGGUGGAAUGCCGGGAAUGUGCGACGACGCGGUAGAGAGAUAGCUUCACUAUGCGUGCCGAGGAAAAGAGUGCCAGAGACGAGACGAGAAGCUCCCUCCCAUUUUCUCGCCCACGAAGAGGGUCGGAUUGGCCGCAGUCGUCACUGAAGAGAGCAGCGACUCCGCCUCCGAGGGGCCAAACGGGGAGGAGUCGACUGUUUUGACACGGACCAGGCAGCAGCCAGCAAAACACCCAAAAGGCUCUGGCCAAGUCUCCAACAACUUCAGUUGAUCGCCUACUCUCGACUCGAGCGAACAAGGCAGUGCUCGAUGCUCAUAUUUCUCCGCGCGUUCAAAUCAUCUUCACUGCACAGUCCUUAACUGACAGCAAAACACACGCACACAAGUGUCGUCAAAAAGUGCCAACUUUAUUUCAUUUGUUAUUUCGAUUUGAUUCGAUUUUCUGCUUCGCCAAAGUGAGACAAAUGUUGCCUGUCGGAACGAUGGAAGACGAGACUUGCCGCAUCAGCCUCCACCAGCACAUUGCGGCCGCUCCGCCAGCAUCGGCCAUUCGGGCCAUCAAAGCCACAGACUUUUCCAUCGCGGCCAUCAUUGGCAGUAGCAGCAGCAGCAGACCGACAUCGCAUCAUCACCAUGGCGAGUAUAUCGUCAAACCCUCGUCACCCGAAUCGGCCAACAGCAAACCCAACAACAGCAUCUUCCACUUUGAUCCGGUGAAAUCCGUUUUGCCCAAACAAGAGACGGUUCAAACUUGCAAGACGGAAGAGUCGGAAGACAUUGACAUUGAAAAAGAUGUCGACGUUGAAGAAUUCUCCGACGCUGAAAACGUUUCGGCCUCUUCGCCAUCGGCCCUGUCGUGCGAAGAUGAGCAAGAAGAGGAAGAAGAGGACGAAGACGCCAAAAGUAAGAGCAGCAGCCAUGGAAACAAGAGCGGCGGCGGAAAAUCAUCCGGCGGAGGCCGCAACGGCGGCAAGAAGAAAUCCCGCUCGGAGCCGGUCAAUCAUCUCAUCAAGCCGCGCUGCAAUUGCGACGAGCUCACCACCGUCGAUUGCCAAUUGGAGACUAAAGAGCUGUGGGACAAGUUUCACGAAUUGGGCACCGAAAUGAUCAUCACCAAAACUGGCAGACGCAUGUUCCCAACUGUUCGAAUCACCUUCUCCGGCUCGCUGUUUGGCGAUCACCGGGACUUGGGCAGCAACGGGAGUAACCGGGUGCGCUACUACGUCCUGCUGGACGUUGUGCCAGUGGACAGCAAGCGUUACCGCUACGCCUACCACCGUUCUUCGUGGUUGGUGGCCGGCAAAGCCGACCCGCCGGCCCCGGCCCGUCUCUACACUCAUCCCGACUCGCCUUUCACUCCCGACCAGCUCCGCAAGCAAGUCAUCUCCUUCGAGAAAGUCAAAUUGACCAACAACGAGAUGGACAAACAAGGACAGAUUGUGUUGAAUUCGAUGCAUCGCUACCAGCCCAGAGUUCACAUCGUCCGGCGGAUGGAAGGCGACACGACCCGUCCGAUCGUCGAUUUGGAGCGUGAACAAUUUCGCACCUACGUCUUUCCUGAAACGGUUUUCACCGCCGUGACUGCCUACCAGAACCAGUUGAUUACAAAGCUGAAGAUCGACAGCAACCCAUUCGCCAAAGGCUUCCGUGACUCUUCCAGGCUCAGCGACUUUGAAAGUCGGGAUUCUAUGGAAGGAAUCAUGGCCGAACACCACCAGCAGUACAUGCGCAACAAUCCGUUGCGACUCUUUCCCGAUGCGUCGGAAAUGGAUCCGGCCUCGGCUGCGGCCGCUGCUAUGCUGACGGAAAAGGCCCGAAGCGCCUUGGGUUUGCCGCCGUCGGCUUUCUGGGCCGGCAACGGCCAGUCGCAACAACAACAGCAACAACAACAGCAGCAGCAACAACAACAACAACAGCGCAUGAGGAAUCCUCUGGAAUCUUCGUUCCAGCCGUUCAUGAACCCAUCGGCCGCUGCCGCUACGGCCGCUGCCAUGUCUCAGUUGUACUCGCGCGGAGCUGCAGCCGCCGCCAGUGGAAUGAUUCCACCUCCCCACUUUUGGUCGCAAUUUUAUGGUCUCAACCAUCAGCUGGGUCUGCUGUCGGGCCUAGCCGGCGGAUUCCCAUCUCCCGUUGCUGCAGGACCGGAAUCGUCUUGCGGCGGAUCUCCUCCGUCACCGUCGGCCUCUUCUACCAGCCCCAACGGCUUCAGCCACCACCAGCACCAACAGCAUCACCAGCGAUACUCACCGUACCCGUUGAACGGCGUCAAGGGCCAACAGCUGCGCACUCCGUCGCCGCGUGUCAACGUCACUACGUCUGUUCCUUCAUCUCCCAAAUGAAUUUGGGCAGUUGCAACUUGUUGGGCGUCUUGAACUACACACACACACAUUUAUCUAUUCACCAUUGUACAUAUCGAAUCCAACUUUAAGCGAUCCAUGUCAGAUUGUACAUAGACAUUCUAGGCGACAAAGCACGAGACCUCACGAUCUAAAUGACAUCACUUCACCUAUCCCGAGUCUUUAUAUUGUAACUCUUUUACACACGGCAGUAUUUGUUCCCUUCGUAAUUAGCCUAGCGCAUAUAUAUUAUCGAUGUAGCGCCUUGUGUGCUCACUCUGUGUACAGUAUACGUUGCCAAUCAUUUCUUUUGCCAUCCAACUCUAUUUCCAAACAAAUAGUAAUAAUGCUAAAUGUAUCGAGAAAAAAAAAGGAAAAGCGACGAAGACAACAACAAAAAAAAAAGCACAAAAUAAACUUUUUAUGUUCAAACAAUGAAGCAACAAAUGA